CGCUUCUCGACAACAAUACGGUGGACUAUUUAACUGUCCUUCGGCAAAACGUCAUCUUUUUUUUUUAUAGCUUGGCUUUUUUAACUGUUAACAUGAUAUACUUUUGACGCAGUUUUGUCGGAGAGCGGCGGGCCUCCUUCCAAAAAAGAGGCUAAAUAAAGUUAGCUGGAGUUUGUUUAUAGUGGGGGGGAAGCUAGCUUAGCUCGGCAAGGAAGGCUAACCGUUAGCCGGCAGAUGCUAACCGACAAUGUUGAUGUGUUCUGUGGAGAAAGUGGAUUUUAACAUCAAUUCCCGCGCCGUCGCUCGGCUCGUCUUCGAGGCCGAGCAGGAUCACAGGAAUGGAGGCCACUCGUCCAACGGAAGCACCGCCAGUAAUUCUCCACGCAGCACUCCGGGCAGCUCACCCUCCCUGCGGCGCCGGGUAUUGGGGGGUGGCCGAGCCAGCGAGAGCGAGGGCGGCGGGGAGAAGAGUGGCGGCGGAGGUGGCGGCUCCGACAGCCCCCUGCCCUCCGUGCCAUCUGCGUCCUCCCUCACGUCCGCCUACCCGCUCGCUUCCAGGCAUUUCCGGAGCAAUGCCAAGAAAAUGCAGAGCUGGUACAAUGUUCUCAGUCCCACUUACAAGCAGCGGAACGAGGACUUUCGUAAAAUCUUCAAAAAGCUUCCCGACACGGAGCGACUCAUUGUGGAUUACUCGUGCGCUCUCCAGAAGGACAUUCUGCUUCAAGGACGCCUGUACCUGUCCGAGAACUGGCUUUGUUUCUACAGCAACAUCUUCCGCUGGGAAACCACUAUCACCAUCCUGCUGAAAGACGUUACCUCUAUGACCAAGGAGAAGACUGCCAAGCUCAUCCCAAAUGCCAUCCAGAUCAGCACAGACAAUGAGAAGCACUUCUUCACGUCUUUCGGAGCACGGGAUCGCAGCUUCAUGAUGAUCUUCCGCCUGUGGCAGAACGCACUGAUGGACAAGUCCUUGUCCCCCAAAGAGUUGUGGCACAUUGUGCACCAGUGUUACGGCACGGAGCUUGGCCUCACCAGCGAAGAUGACGACUACGUCUCCCCGACGGCCGAACACAUGAACGGCCUACUGCCAGGAGAAGAGUCUGUGUCCGUCACAGAUCUUCUGGACUUGAGCUCGGUGUCGGCACCCUCCUCUGGCAGCUCGCCUCCACCCUUGGUGCCCUGCAGUCAGGCCAGCUCUCCUUCGGUUGCCACCGCCGUCAGCUCCUCUCCCCCGUCCCCGGCUACCUGCUUGCCCAUUGAGGUGCCCUCAUCGUCGGGACGCAGGCUCAGCUCGGACCCCCUGGAUCCCAGCCCGCCCAGCUCCCAUGGCUCACUUCCGUCUGCCGCUGCUCUUGCCAACGCUUCUUCUUCCUUUAACCUAGAGGAGGGCGGGGACAGCCUGUCUGAAUCGGCCAGUCACAUGCUGCCCUUGCCCAGCCUGAGAAACCUCUCGUCGUUGGACAUCACCAACGACGAGGACCUGCCCACGGACCCGAGCAACUCGUCCGACACACAGGAAGAGAGUGAAGUGGAGUCCUUCUGCGCCAACCUGAGCGGGCGGCUAAACAUCAACACUGCCGUGCGGAUGAGUGUGGACAAGCUCCACGACCUGCUCUUCUCUGCCGACACACACUUCAUCCGACACCUCUUCUCCCAGCGACACUUCACGGAACUGACGGUGGGCAAGUGGCAGCAGGACGCCAGCAGCGGGAGCACCAGUCGUGUGCUCAGCUACACCAUCGCCCUCAACAACCCCCUCGGCCCCAAGACCGCGCCUGUGGUGGAGACUCAGACACUACACAAGAGCAGUGCUCAGGGCGAGUGUUACGUGGUGGAUUUGGAGGUCAUCACCUCGGGCAUCCCGUACCAGGACUAUUUCUACACCGUGCACAGAUACUGCCUCACCGCCAUCAGCAAGCACAAGAGUCGACUCAGAGUGUCCUCAGACAUCUGCUAUCGGAAGCAGCCGUGGAGUCUGGUCAAAGCGCUGAUUGAGAAGAACACCUGGAGCGGCAUCGAGGAGUACUACCGGCACAUGGAGAGCGAGGUGUGCAAGUUGGAGACGCUGUUGCAGACCGAGGUCACCGUGGUGACCACCGGCGACGCCACCAGUGCCGCCGAAACCGCCAGGUCCCCGCUGGCCCUGCGUCGACGUAAAAGGACCUGCUCCCGCCGGCAGGGGGAGCGGGAGAGGGAUGGGGAAGGCACGGGCGCCUCAGACCGAGGCGACAGAGGAGUUGGAGAUGACCGAGACCUCAGACAAGCUGGUGCUCAGUAUAUGAAGCUGGGAGAGCGUGCGCGUGGUGGAGCACAGAACAGUAUAUCCACUAUCCUGCUGAUCGUCAGCUUCAUUCUGGUGGUGCUGGUGGCGCUCAACAUGCUGCUCUUCUACAAACUUUACGCCCUGGAGCGAGCGGCCCAUACACUGGAGACAUGGCACUCCUACUCACUAACAGACAGUCCUCUUCCGCAGACGGCAGGCGAGUGGGCUCAGGUGCUGCAGCUGCAGAGACAAUUCCACCAGGCGCAGCUCAGCAAGUGGCAGCAGAUCCUGCAGUCGUCCGUGGCUCUUCUUGACCAGAUGAAGCAGUCGCUCGAAAAACUGCACCAAGGCAUCGCGGUCCCAGGAGUCCAGCAGGACCCGGACCCAAUCCCGGAUACCCCGACGGACACCUGAGCCCCUGCCCCGCCCCCAUGGUACUGCCACGCCCACUCUCACCGUUGCCAGGGAACAACAGAACAUGACCCACAAGCACCCUCACCUGUUAGACUUGAAGCCACGCCCCCCGAGUGGUCAAUCAGCAAUAAUCUGAGAGAGGGGCGGGGCCUUAUGAGCAAGUACUUUUUUGGAUGCCACGUUUCAGCGAGGAAGGAGGGCUCCGCCUCCUCCUCUUCCUCCUUUCAGACACACGCCUCCUCUUCCCAAGGCUGUUUUCUUGUUUUAUAUAAUAAUAAUAAUCGUAAUAAUGAAGAAGAAGUUAGUUAUUGUGGACCACUUGCAGUAUUUAUUCUAACCUUUGACCUGACGUCUCGUCCUCACUUGCUGUCAAUCACGUUGGACCAAAAGGCGGAGCUGCUGGAGGACGACGCCCACAAUACAGACUCUUCUUGAAUGUUUGACGGUGGAAUAUUCAAACAAUGUUGGUGCGUGUGUGAUCACAAGGAGUCCGCGUUACAUUUCAGAUGUUGCAUUUUCUUAAUGUUUGCCAAACUUGAAGGACCAACCGGAAAAUUCCGUGAGGGGAAAACAAAAAAGGGAAUGUAUUUUCGUCCUGUUACUUUGUUUUGUUUUGGGUUUUUUUUAAGAAAAAAAAUCUCAAUAUUUUUCCUGUCUUUACAAUCCCCCCCCCCCCCCCCCCCCCAUGUUGUUUGGUCACGCCCACUCCUGGCUCCCAAUCACGUGGUCUCUUCACCCCCCUCCCUCCCUCCCUCCUUCCACCUGCUUGCUGUGGCCCUGCUGUGCGCGGCCCACCAGCAACAUGUCGUGUUAUUUAUUAUGAAGAGGCGGAGACUGACGUAGGGAAAGGGGGCGGAGUCCAGAAUGUACUGUGAACACGUGAUUGUGCACGCGGAGAGAAAUGGAAAAAAAAAGAAAAAAAAGUACUUAAAAAAUGUCCUUGCUUGUCUUUUGUGUUUGCUGAGGAGUCAACAUCAGGAAUUUAGCAGUGAAAAAAUUCUAAAUAUUUAUCUAUAAAUAAAGCAAUAUUU